ACUUUGUCCUCCUCCUUCAUAAGGAAGCUUUGGUUUCACGCCGUCGAAGUGAAGGAUUAAAAUAUGAACUGAAGGUGGAUGCUGCUGCUAAACCGCUGUCAAUAACACAGGAGGAAAUCACCAAGAUUCAGCAGCAGAACGAGAAAGGUGUGUCAGGACAGGAUGUUCAGGAGCAACAGUCCGUACGGUUCUGAGACCAGCAGCUACAUUUCCCUCCAGUCCAAUGGAUUUUCCAACAUGGAUGAUUCCGCCUCCCAAAUAUCGAACAUCUCGAGACCCAGUGCAAAGUCGAUUUACUUGCAGAGGCUGCAGUAUGCAGCAUCAGUGAACAAGAUGAUGGAAAAGUCAGAGUACAGAGUGGAGCACUUGUUUACUUGCGACCUAAAUGGGAAGGAUCUCAGAAACAUCCCGGACUGUGUGGAGCGCCUGAAGCUUCUGGAUCAAACGGAUCGUAUUUGGGGUCAGAACAUGGUGCUGGAGGUUCGCGGUGCCAACCUGCUGCUCAUAGACUACGAAACCAAGGAAGAGCUGGAGUCCUUUUCUCCUGGUGAAAUAAAGGAGUUAUUGGCCUUUCUGGACGCCGGGGUGUUUGACUCUCUGCUCAUCCUGUCCGUCCAGAACAGGAGGAAAGCCGCCACCACCGUCUUCCUGUUCCAGUGCGAUGAAGUCAGGGCUGAUUUCAUCGCAAAGGAUUUACUGCGAGCUCUGUUGCAGAAGAGUGAGGGUUCACACAUCAGCAGCAAUGGACACAUUGUGGGCGGACAUGGAAGAGUGAAACAGCCCAAUAAGCCUGCAGAGCCGAUGCCUGCACACGAAGCGCCACCACGUACUCCGCCUGACAACGCUGAGGAUGAGUUCCCUGAGCCUGAACUGGAUCUGCGUCGGUACAGGGAGGAAGACGUCGUCCCGCCACCGAUGCCGUCUCCAUCACCUCCCCGUCGACAGUACACAGAACUGGACAGGAAUGUUGACAUUUUAAACCACAUCAUAACCGACGUCGAGAUCUUCAUGGGGAAAAUAUCCGCAGCCGACGCCAAAAAUGCAAAGAAGAAAAAGAAAAAGAAAAAAGGAAAAGGAGGGGAUGGGAUGCCGCCUGAGGAGGAGUUUUCGGAUUGCCUCCAUAAAAUCAAAUCUGGCUUCAACCUUCUGGGAGAGCUCAACGGAAAGAUCAACAAUCCAGCCGCUCCUGACUUUGUCCACUCUUUGUUCUCUGCAUUAGCCUUCGUGUGCUCUCACUGCUCUGAAACCGUCCCUCCGUCCAUCGUCGCCCCGCUGCUCACGCCUCAGUGUAUCCGUCUCCUGAGUGAGGAGGCGUCCUCGGAGGAGGACAACCUGUGGCAGUCGCUGGGAGACGCCUGGAACAUCCCCAGUACCAAAUGGCCAGAGGAGGAUGAGGACAUCCCAGUCUACAACAUGCAGUUUUUUGAUGGCUGGCAGCCCCCAGAAGUGACUGGAGAGCUUCCACCCAGUGAACCGGAGAGCCGGCGGGAGAGUCCCCGGCCUCCGCCAAGCCUGCAGCCGUCACCAAACACAGCUGGACACAAAACACAGGAGGAGCUGAGUUAUGCAAAGUGGAAGCCACCAAAAGAACGACAAAAACCAGGGCCAGUCGAGGUAAAACUACGCGUCAAAUAUGACUUCAUAUCCAGAAACCAAAGGGAGCUCAACGUCACUAAAGGAGAAAUAGUUGAUCUUCUGGACAAGUCGAAGCAGUGGUGGAAAGUGAGGAACAGCAGAGGAGAGGAAGGUUACGUACCAAACAACGUCCUGGAAGAUGUGGACGUUCAGUCUUACGAGGAUUUUGACACGUCUCCAGUUCUGACGAGAAAAUCUAAACCACCGGAGGUGAAAGCCUGGCUGGAAAACGCGGGAUUCAACCCGAUCACCGUGCGCUGCCUGGGCGUCCUGAGCGGCUCCAUGCUGCUGGGGAUGAGCAGAGAGGAGCUGAAGUCGGUGUGUCCAGAGGAAGGAGGACGAGUCUUCUUCCAAUUACAGGCGGUCAGAUCCGCCUUGGCAGAAGCAAGCUGAAGAAUCAUCACAGCUGGAAAAUAAGAGGAAAAUUGACUAGAUGCUGGAAGCAAAUUAGAGGGAAAAAGCAGAAUAUAGCAGAUUUGCAUCAACAUGUACAGAUACUGUAGUCACUUUCUGAAAUCAGCACCAACUCCUCAUAUUGUUCUAAAUGCUAAGCAUGUUAAAUAUACCGUUUAUCCCAACUAUUUUAAGUUGUAAUCUCUAUUAAAACAUUCUAUUAUAAACUGGAUUGCUGCAAAUAAUUGCUGAAGUGUUUUGUUUGUAAUCAUUGUGUAACUUGCAAAUUAAAGUAAAAAAUCUGGAACAUCUGA